AUGCCUACGUGGACCAUUAUAAGCAAGAAACAAAAUGAGCGUUGUCAUAGACAGCAAACUGUUUGGAUAUUUAAAGAUGAUUUUUAUGUAGAACACUCAUCACGAAUCGAAAAAUAUCGACAAGGUGGAAAUCGUGCUUUUAUAGAAUCUAUCCAGCGAAAAAAAUUACCACAAGAACUUGUAAAAACGCCAGAACAUUCUGACGAUGAAUGCGAUUACUAUUUUGAAGAUAUGACAGGCGAACAGUAUACUUCAUUAUCAUGGGAUAGUUAUGAGUCUCAGCAGGUAGAAUUGCAAGAAUAUAAUCCACAGUGGCCAAAUUUAUUUCAGCAAGAAUAUGAAGAAAUUGUUAAGAGACUCCCAAAACAUUCUUAUCACGAUCAAGAACGGCAUCCGCGGCCGUUAAUGUUAGAGCUAGAACAUAUAGGUAGCACUAGUAUUGAAGGAAUGUGUGCAAAGCCUAUUAUUGAUAUGUUGCUCAUUCAUGGUAAUCGGAGAGACAGUUGGGGUGCAACGACAAGUUACGAAACACUCAAUACUUUGAUCAAAAUGGGUUACAAAACUAAAGACGGAAGGGUGUCGAUGCACGAUUUCUGCGAUAAUGCAACGCUGAUCAAGAACGGUUUCAUUAUUCACACUGUUUGGCGCUUGUCUUCGUCUGAUAAUAAUGACUUCGUUAUCUUUCGGAAUUAUCUUCGUAAUCAUCCGCAUGCCCGUGAGAGAUACAAUGAAUAUAAGAAACGUACAGUUGCGAAUUCACAUGUGACAGUUAAAGAAUAUGCAUCUUGGAAAGACCAAUUUAUUCAUGACCUACUUGCAGAAGCUACGAAUUGGUAUAGACAACAUGAGAUGUAUAUUCAUAUCGGCGAUUAUGAUCAAAUAAAGAAGCAAUGGACAUGCUGCAGAGCGUCACAAGAUGAGAGAAAUAGUGAGACCGAAGAGUAUGGACCUACAGGUGAAAUUGGUUGUUAUCAGCCUGGAUUGGAUAAAGACCACUACCAUCCUGGUCGAUAUUAUGUAACAGAAUACAAUUUUGUUAGAGGGUGGUGGACAUGUUGCUCGCAAGGUAGACAUUCAG